AUGGAGUCUUUGUUAAAGAAUCUUAAAGAACAUGUUACUUGUUCAAUCUGUUUGGAUACUUUCACCGAUCCCAAGACAAUAACCUGCCUGCACACAUUCUGCUUUGAGUGUAUAAAGAAACACGCACUGAUCAGCCAACGGAAUGGAAAGUUUCGCUGCCCUGAGUGUCAAGCUGAAGUUCAUCUUCCAGAAGCAAACCAUUUCGAUAAACUUCCGACCAGUUUUCAUCACAAUAGUCUGCUCAGUGUUCUCGCAAUACGACAAAGCGGAAAAGGAAAUGAUAUCAGUUGUGGCGUUUGCAAGAAAAAGAGUGCAGAGAUAAGUUAUUGCUUCGAAUGUGCUAAAUUCAUGUGCAGUGACUGUGUAAACGCACAUCAACUGUUUAGUCACUUCACAGAAGGACACAAAGUGACGCCAGUCAAACGGUUCCAACCUCAAGACUACGAAGCACUAAUGAGGAGGCAGUCAUUUUGUUCGCAGCAGUAUCACAAGCGAGAAGUAACGAGGUUUUUCUGCGUUAAAUGCCAAAUCUGUGUCUGCCAAGUAUGCAUCGCUACGGAUCACAAGGCACAUGACGUGGAACCAUUAGAGAAAGCAGCGGACGGCGAGAAAGCCAACAUCCUGACAAGAACCGAGGUAUUAAAAGAAAGAACAAAGGUUUUUAGCGAUGUGAUUCGUAAAUAUGAACAAACAGUAGUUGAACUGGAAGCGAAUAUAACUGACCUUAAACGUGAAGUUUCCCAAACAGCUGAACAAAUGAUCGCCAAGAUUCGAGAAAACGAACGGCAAAUUAUUACAGCCCUCGAGAACACCCGCGCGUCAAGAGCAGAUAAGUUAGACUCUGCAAAGGCACAAGUGCAAUCCUUGCUGAAGCAAAUUAACCAAGCAAUCGAGUUUGCUGAAAAUCUGAUUCAAAGAAGCUCCUGCUCGGAUAUAAUGCAAACCAAGAAUUAUCUAGAACAACGCUUUGAACAUAUUGAAAACACGCCGAUCCCGGAAGUUCCGGUUAAUUCAUUCCUGAAGUUUUAUCCAACUAAAGAAGUAAAGAAUCUUACCCUUGGUUACAUAUUGUCAAGUGAACCAGUUGUGGGAUUGACAAAAGAUUUCCAAGCUGGUGUUGAAUCAGAAUUUGAAGUUCACCCACGAAUACUUGGAGAACAAGUGUAUGAAGUGAAAGUGCUUGUGGAACCAGCUCAUAAAACAGGAAGCUUGACAACUUGUGAAAAACAAGAUGGUGAUUACACCGUGAAGUUUACACCUAGAGUUCCACGAACCUUCAAAAUCAUAAUAAAGGUAAAUGGCAAGGAGUUUGCAGGAAGCCCUUAUAUUGUCCAAGUAAAACAACGACUAAUUCAAGUUGUUGGAGAGGUAGAAAUAAAAGGAGAAACUCUUGUAAAGCCAAUGGGAAUUGCCGUAAACGGCAAAGGAGAAAUUGCUAUUGCUGAUUUUGAUAAACACUGUCUCCUGAUAACUGACAAGGAAGGGAACUGUAUAAGAAAAGUUGGUUGUUUUGGAAACAGUGUUGGACAGCUCAACCGUCCAACUGACGUCACAUAUCUAAAUGAUGAUAACAUUCUUGUGGCGGAUCAAUUAAAUCAUCGCAUUCAACAAUUUAACGUUCAAACAGGGAACUGUGUGAAACGUUUUGGAAAGAAAGGGACAAGGGAUGGUGAGUUUCAAUAUCCUGUCAGUGUUUGUGUGGAUGAAGAAGGCCGUGUUAUAGUUGCUGAUCAUUUUAACAACAGAGUCCAAGUUUUAUCACAGGAUGGUGAACCUUUGUUUCAAUUUGGAAACAGUGGACCAGAAAAAAUAAGCAAACCCAGGUCGUGUAUUUACCAUGAGAGCAAGUUCAUUGUUUCUGAGUGGUUUGGUAAAAGCUUGAAAGUGUUUGAUAAUACUGGAAAGUUUUUGUACAAGAUCGGAGAGCCAGGCAAGGCUGAUGGACAGAUGGAAGGGCCUCACGGACUGUGUCUUCAGAAAUGUGGCAAUCACGAUAAUCUUCUUGUUUGUAAUAGAGCUAAUGGCCGUGUUGAUCAGUUUACAGUGGACGGCUGUUUCACUGGAAAAACUGUUGUUGAGUUACAAGACCCUACAAGAAUAACUACAACACCGGAUGGACUUAUUUUAGUUACAGACUUUAAGCCUCAAAAAAUUCACAUUCUAAAAUAAUUAAAAAUUAAGCAACAGACUGGAUAAUCAAAAAAUAUACAUCCUAAAAUAAGCACCAGAAAAGUAAAACAAUGACUCGGUAUGGUAAAAGGAAUAAGUAAGUAGCAGCCGAAUACUUUCAACGAGCAAUUCCCACAUUAUAUUAUCAGCACUGAAGUAACAAAAAUGCUUGAUGAGGACAGACUUGUGUGACAAAAACAGAUGGCGCGAUAAGGUUUCAAAAGUUAAUACCUCAUGUGCUACGUUUGAGCAGAAACUAUGUUGCCACUAGUAAAGAUUUAAAAAAAAUACUAGCUUGCGAGCAAAUCUCACAUCAACGUACUCCCGAGAGCCCUGGGAGAGGUUGCUGGCGGGCUAAAAACUCACCACCACACCACAGUUGUGUGUGGUCCAUACAUGGGGACUGUGUGCCGUCCAGAAAUGCGGCAAUUAUUACAACCUUAUUGUAUGCAAUACUGGCAAUGGUCGUGUUGAUCAGUUUACACUGGAGAGAUGUUUCACUAGAAAAAAAUGUUAAUAAGUCAGAGACCUGCAGCAAUAAUGGUUUCAUCAGGUGGACAUAUUUUUGUUUCAGACUGUAAAGCCACUAAGAUUCAAAACCUGAAAUAAGCAAAAAAACAGAGAUCUCAGUAUGAUAGAAUUUAAAAGUAAAUAGCCGCUGAACACAAUCGGUCAGCGAGAGUAUUAAUGACAAUGCCGGACAAAUGUUUCUGUAGAGGGACAGCUGUGUGACAACACAAUAUUUCAGUGAAGCAAUUGCAAAGGAUAAGAUAUUAAAGUUGACCAAAGUUAGAGAGUAAUGCGGAGUAAACUACGAGUUAUAACACAGUAAAUAAUUCUCUUUGUGAUAGUAUUUUCACAAGGGCUGAUAUAUUAAGUAUAUGUAAGUUUGUAGAUGAUAUAUUAGAUGAAAGAAACUCUCUUGCUACUAUUUUUUAAAAGGACUGUGUGACUAAUAAUUUUGUAACAAUUAUCAAAAAGAUAAUUCACUCGUCAAAGGCAAAUGAAAGUAUAGUUGCAAUAUUAAAAAAAAAAAUAAUUGGCACUGAUUAUUUCACUUUUGUUUUCAGUCAAAGCAAAAGUGAGCAAAAAUUGUUUCAUAAUUACGCAAAAUUUUCUGAGUUCAUAUCAUUAGUUAGGUCUGUUAGAAGGGUCUCCAAGAAACGGACAUACACUAUAAUCACAAGACUUUGUCUCAUAUAAUACAAAAUAAUAACGAGUUUUACUUGCUUCACCUUUGCUUACUGGUGAUCUAAAUAUAUUGUCUUCAUGGAUCAGAAAAGAAAUAUUUUUAUUUUAGCUGUUUAUGAUUGAAAUAUGGAAUAAUCCUCCAGACGUGCUUCCCCUUUAUCGUUAAACUUAACCUGUUCACAUCAGAAUCGCCCGUGUGGAUCCACAUCCCUUGUACCCAUAGUUUGCCAACAAGCUCUCCAUUUCGAGUGGCGAGAGAACGCGCGAGAGCGGCGAAGCCGCUAGGGGUGGAGAAAAAGGAGAUUUCUUCUUUCUUUCUCCACCCCUCACACUCGCGUCUCCUUCAGCGUGAGGCUCUCGCGUGAGUUCUCGAGACUUACCCUAAAGGAGAGCUUGCUCGCAGGCUAUUGUACCGCUUGUAAAGUCAUCAGAUUAAACCGUCAAUAACAAGCUUUUCACCUAACCUGUGCAAGGGAAAGAAAUAAUAAAAACGACUCGAAUGAACACGAAGGCCAAACCCUUUUCCAAACUUUUAGAAAGGACCCAAACGCCCACCUGUUAAUUUCGAAGCCCCUGAAAGUGAAUUCUUGAUUUAUUACAAGAUUUGUUCUUUUUACUUCUUUUAAUUAUAUUUACUACCAUAUUCACCCAACUAACUUCUGGUUUUCACUUUAUGUUCGCCAAAUAACUGAAUCAAAUUAAAGAUAUAACUCACAAACUGCUGGCUGACAUUUGAGAGAAAAGAACUGGUGUUCCUAAUAUACUAAUUUCCGGCUCAUUGUAUGGACUAGGUCCUCGAGAGUCGGAUAACAACGGUGAAACUCCGGCCGGCGCACACAUUCUGUGUAAACGUUUAGAAGUACGGUUUGCAUAGCAGGGUGUUGAAUGAAAACUAAUAGCCUGUUCGUCAUUCUGCACAAACCUGUUUUCAGAUUCGCUCUGGUUUAUGACUGAAGGCGCAUCAGGUUCGUUUCUAUUUGAAUCUGAAAACGAGGCUGGCUGCUCAACCAAGAGAAGCGGCGACGAUGAGGAAGAGAGAAGCGAAUGAUUAGAACAGGAAAACAAUGAAACCGAGUUCAUUUCCUGCCUGCUGGGAGAGCAAUUUGGGGAAGAAAAUAGGUCAGGGGUUUCGCUAAAAUGUUUUGAAUACCAAGAAUGGGAUUCAUCUUUCAAGAGUCUUGGAGAAUAAUAUAAAUAUGGUGUGUCAGAACUCAUUACUUUUGCACGAGACAGAGAUUGCGAAAACAAAUCAGGGGAAGUGUACAUCAUCUCAAAGCUAUCAAUCAACAUGUCAUCUCCUAGCGAAUAACUGUUUCCUUGAUUGGUAGCAGCUUGUCGGACCUCCGCUUUGAUCUUUUGAUCAUGUGACCAUGUGUUUACCACUUCGUGCUGCAGGGACCUGGUACAAACUAAUUCCUCUUCACGUAACUGUUCGGUUGAUUCUAAGACGCACAACACCUUCCCUUGCUCUAUUAAUUCGUCUCGACAAUGAGUAGGCUUAUCGUUCUUCAUAAAACUACUUUGUAAAUUAACAGAGGAAUGCCUCUUUUGCCCACCUAUUUUUACAUCUUUUUCAGGAAUAGACUUUUCAGAGGGCUCUGUGAAAAAAUUUUCGCAGUUCCUAAGCAACUCAGAAUGUGAUAGAUCAAUCUUAGGUACCAUUUUAUUCGAGCUCGAAUUUUGAAGCCUUACAGAAUCCUCUUGCGCGCACAGGCCAUCACCAUCAGUUAAAUCCAAGAUCUUUUUGGAGUGUUCAGUGUUGUUUCUUUUCGCGAUGUAUUUAAUAUCGUGCUCGUUACUGGCCAAUGUUCUAGACACCUCUACCUUUUGUUGAAGUUCAAACGGGUCAGCGGACCUCAAAACAUCAGCAGGCGCCAACGAUGUUUUCUGCAGUAUAUUUUCACAAUCAAGCUCCAUCUCAGCCAAGAAAACGUCUAGAUCUUCAGAAGAAGGGAAAUCAGUAAAUUCUGUGUAAUCCUCUUGAACAAUUCCAUAAACGACAUCACUGAAACUAACAGUCUGUGACGUAACCAUCUCAUUCUCUUCUGACGUCACGCAUGAUUUUUUGGAAUUUAUGAUUGCCUGAGAUUGUUCUUUCCUUUUAUUUAUAGCAUCCAUUUCCAAAUCAGGUAGAAAUGCACCGAGAUCCUCUGACGACGGAAAGUCAUCGUACUCUGUCCAUUCACAAUAAGCUUGCUCUUCUUUGCAGAUGUCAAGUUUUUCACAGUUUAGUCCCCUUGUUUGAGAAGGUAGCUGUGUAAAGCGUGGCGAGCUUGAGUUAUUGCUGCUGAUGUCUUCUUCCUGAGAUGAACCUUGAUCAAUUCGAUCUAAAAUAGAAAAAGAAAAUACCCAUGACCAAAUUAUGCUGUUACCAAACUAAAUCAAUGUCAUAACACUGGAAUUUCAUCGACAGCCAAGUACCUCUAAUAAAGGUUGAUUUUAACUAGAAACCGAAUCUGAAUAAAAAUCAAAUUUGGAGUCGUAAGCCGUAAGGCUCUAUUCUUCUGUGGAUUUGGCUGAUAUUAUUUCUUGGGCACAGGUACCUGAGGCACAAGAAAGAAACAGGCAUAUAGGUUCUGUGACGUUUCUUAACGUCGUUAGAAUCUAGCAAUCUAGCUAGCAAUCCCAACCAAAGUUUGUCCAAGCCCCCUUAAGCGAAUCAACAUCCCUGGGAAACAGAACCAAGAAAAGCUUUCGAAACGGGAGCUGACCGCUUACGAAAAUUAAGCAGAAUGCAGGAGAAGUGCGCUAUAAUACUGCACAUAGGCGUACUAGGUGUGUUAUUGACAGAUGCUCUAGACUGCUAAAGCGACGUUUUCCGUGUCUUCACUUGGGACUGCGCAUCGCUUCGGCGAAUACCCUCGUCAUUAUUGUGGCUACUGCAGUGUUGCAUAAUUUUGCUCUUAUGCAUCGAGAGCAAGACUUUGAUAAAGACAUUGAAAACGAAGAUGUCCCAUUUGACGUUGUUGCUGCAGCAGACGCAAGUGGGAAUGCCAAACGCCAGCUCAUUAUUCCACGAUACUUUGCUUAAUAAGAUUAAUGGAUUGAUUAAAUUUCAUGUACGACAUUGACAACAAAAUAGGAAACAAAAAAGAAUAAUCACCGCAAUUAAUUGUUAAUAAUCUUUUAAUUCUUUUGUUUUGAAAUUUAUGAUGGUUAUAUCACAAAAGUUCAAGGAGCUACCGGUUGGUUUAACAAUUGUCCUUGUCAGUGUCGUAUGCAGGUGGCAAACCAAUUCCCAUUUUAUCGCAUUGGUGCAUUAGCUUCCAUUCUUUAAGCUUGAGGACCUUCGUUUUCAAUUUGUGUUCUUCCCUCGCCAUGGACAUAGCCUGUUCCAAGCGUUCAGAUAGUGGAGAGCGGUGCGAAGUAAAGAAAGCGAUGAAAAGUAGAGGGGGACUGGGGAGAGACGCGCUCCUUUUUACUUCGCACCGCUCUCCACUAUCUGAACGCCUGGAACAGGCUACCAUGGACAAGAAUGGGUCCUCCUGCUCAGAGGAAUCUGGUCUUCUGCGGUUGCACCUGUCAAUGUAAUGUCAUCUGAUGAUCAAUACUUGUAACCUAUGUAAUGAACUAUCAUUAAAAAAAAUUACAAGCGAUUAAACAUUAUUGUACUUCUGACUAUUCUCCUUUUUGUGACUUUUGCCGCUCCUUUCCUGCUAAUAGCUGCAACGUCAGCAACUAGACUUGGCCCCACUUCCUACGUAAUAAUUUCCAUCUCGUCUUCGUCCCGCCUUAUUAAAAUCAAGUUCUUCUCCUGCAUCAUCAUCAAAUUCCUGCUCUAGCGGAUUAACUGAGGCUGAGAUUACGUGGCAACAGCUUUUCCUCCACCUAGCCUGCGUGGCAGGCGCCAAAAGGGGAGGGAGAGGGGGAGGGAGAAAAGCAGGAAAGAGGGGAAAGGGAAGGGAGCGCCUGCUAUAAGAGACGGUGUUUUUGUCAUCCGCCCACCAUUUUCUCAACUAAUCCGAUAAUGUCACUGUCAAUACGUGACCAAUCACAAGUACGGGGCUUCUCAGCAUGGUCCGAACUUAAUUACGUUGUUUACCGGAAAUUGUCAAGUUGAGACGCUUUUUUCAAGUGAUAUAAUAAUCGAGCGAAAUGAAUCAUUUUUACUGUUCUUACUCCCGCAGCAAACACGACAAACAUAGGCUACGAGCAGUCUCUCAUUUUUUUACUGCUCGCAGUCUACGACAAACAAUGAUCAGUUUCGUGUGAAUACACAAGACCUUUUAUCUUACAACCUCAUCAAGCGACGUGAUUGUCACAAAGAACAGAACACUGGCCAGCCUGAGACGAAAAGUAUGAAAGUAAAGGAGAAUUAUAAGCAAUUGUCAAAACCCUCAACGGAUAGUUUUUACCAAAGCUUCAGCUCUCUCUUUACAAACCAUUUAAAACUCCAUUCAAGACGGUAUAUGUUUUUGCAGAAAAGAUGGUCUUUUGAAUAUCGGCAUUGCAGAUGUCUGGCAAGAAUCGCAAUCGCUGAGAGUCGCUGCUCGGUGUAUGGACAAAUCCAGUAUACAAAACCUCCUGAGCAUCUCUGCCUGUUAAACAAGCUCUUACAGUUGGUUUUAGUUCGGACUUUAACGUGAAGUUGCUACAUGAUUGGAGUAAUUUUGACCUUCCAAAGCUUAUGCCAGUAGAACACAUUUUCUUGAUGCCUUCGUCAUGUUUGUCUCUCACACUAAUACACACACCAGGAUACAGGCCAAUAAGUUACUCAUUACGGCUCAGCCAAUCAGGAUUUUGCGGACGCCCGCGUCCGCAGAAAUGAAUAAAAGGAGGUUCUUAUAGCAGACGUCCCUUCCCCUCUCUCCCCUACCCCCCUCCCUUUUUCUCUAUCCCCUACCCCUUUCGACGCCUGCCACGCAGGCUACCUCCACCAGUUUUUCUUGCUUGACGACAAUGUAAGUCGUGUUCCUUUUUCGACUUGAGUUUCAGCCGCCUCCAGCAUCCUUGAAGCUGACUGAGGUCGCAUUUGAUACCGUUAAGAUUUUGGGAGUUAAACUUAGUUAAAAUUUCCUCCCAUGCCUUUGUCUUUUUUGCCAACGUUUUAAGGUGAUAGCCGUUAGGGACUGGUCAAAAAGUAUAGGGGGGGGGGGUGGGCUGGAGCAUUUGGAAAUAUGGUUGAUAAAAAGCACAUGGCCCACCCCCUCCCUUCGGCACAAAAAUGACUGACCCACCCCUAAAGCAAGGUUGGAAAUUGCAUGACCCGCCCCCUAGUUACAACAUGGAUGUUUGGUUUCCUCUUAAUAAUCCAAUAAAACCUUGUUCUGCGUUUGACAAAAUUUGUUGAUACACUGCUGCAACCAAUAUCAAAAUCACAGAGAUCAUACCUUUCACUGAAAAGACAAAUGUGAAAAACCGAACAUUUCUUGUUUCGAUGAACGUUAUGAGUCUUGACACAAAUAUACAGCAAAACGAGGUAUAUUGAAAUUGUCUGUCACAAAGCGUAUGAAAAUUUCUACAAAGACAACCAAUUCCUACACAUUACUUGCCGGAAACGCUUAGAUUAAUCCUCAAAGAAAAUUUCUUCCACUUCAGUGGAAAACACUACCUACAAAACCAUGGAACUGCAAUGGGCACAAAGACAGCAGUUUUGAUUCCUUUGCCAAUAUUUUCAUGACAUAUAUUGAAACAACAACUCUAAGCAAAACUGUCUUUAGAACAACAGUUUGGAAAUGCUACAUACACAAUAUCUUUUCCCCAUGGGACUUGAGUAAACCAGACAUCGAAGCCUUCAUUGAACAAGCAAACUUACAUCACCCAAAUAUUGAAUUCAUGGCCGAAACAUUUGACACUGAGACUGCGUUUUUAGACACGGUUGUAUACAAACGCGCAAGAUUCAAGGAAAAAUCUAUCCUUGAUGCAAAGACACAUUUUACACACACGGAAACCUUCUUGCACACACAUUUCACCUCGUGUCACCCUCCAAAUGUUACAAAAAGGAUUUGUCAAAGAAGAAGCCUUGAGAAUCCUACGAAAAAACUCCUCAGAAACAAAAACCUUUGGCUGUGUUGUGUUAUAUAACAAGUGCAGGCCAACUGUCUCGUUAGUAGUUAGUACCUAUCUAUGUAAUAAAAUAGGGUGACCAACCCCCUAAGGGUAGCUUAAAAUUGCCCGACCCACCCCUUGCACAAGGCUCAAAACCUCAUGACCCACCCCCUCUCUGCUCCGGCCCACCCCCACCUAUACUUUUUGACCAGUCCCUUACUUUCCACUUCUGGAAAGUCUCUACCCAAUUCGGCCAAUAAAAGGUUUUCUUGUUCGCUGAAACUUCUUGUGCAACUUGGUUUAGAGGCCAUAUUGCAGAGACAACCACUAACUGAAAAUGUGCAUACGAAAAAAAAAACUCUGCAGACAAUGCAUUUUCUCGUGAGACAUGGUUUAGCCAUUGACAUGCAAGAACACGGUCCAGUCGUGUUUUUAUAAUGUAUUUUAAGCAUCGUUUAGCCGUUGUUUAUCGAAACAACGUCUAAACCGCGGCUCAGCCCUAAACACUGGUUAACUUAAUCUUCGCUUAAAUAACCGGCCCACAGAGUUUACGGAGUUAGCGCAAUUCAAAGGGCGUUUUUUAUUCUGGCUAAAAGCCUUGGUUUUCGUUCAUUUCCGCCCCUUUUUUUAAAUGUAAAGCCGAGGUAUCAUUCAAUCUAAAUAAAAUUGGAUUGGGGUUUGUUAAAAAUAGAAAAAAAGGGGGAUAAUUAGAAGACAAGUACCAAAUAGUCCACCAACUCAUUAGCAGAUUAACCGGUUUAUGUGUACACCUUUUCUACCCUUAAAAUUUCUUCCAUUGUCAAUUCGAUCAACGCCAUUUUCAUAAAAACCAGACUGUCCCCUUAAGGGCGGCCUUAAGUCCAGCCGUUCACUGACGAGAGCGCGGUUAAGAGAACCUCGAAUGUACGAGUAUCGGGACUUCAGUCUGGUUAAACUGUUGUAUAUAUGAUAUGAAAUUGAGGAAGAAAGAGAGUAUUAUUUGCUUCAUUAUAUAGACAGUCCAAAACUAAUGCAGCCAACCAUUUAGUAAAAACCUAAUUCAAAACUAAACUUUGGAAACUUUUGUUAACUUCCGAUCUACAGUCAAAGGGUAAGUUUGGUUGGCUGCCUGAAAUGUGGGGUAAAUUGUACUGAAGAAUUUUUGUUCCUUAAACAUGAGCUUACAACACUUACUAUGGACUACUGCCUAGAAACGUUUGUUAUCCAAAAUAGUAAAAGAAUAUUUCCUCUGCAAUAAUAAUGUAUCACUGUGUGCAGCAACUUUGUUUAGACAAGUCACGAUUCUUAGGCAAAAAAAGACCUUUGAAAGUUCUAACAACUUCCGCUUUUAGACUAGGGUGACUGUCUGCAGUAUAAUGCAAAUUGUUUUUGUAAUACUAAUAGUUCCUUAUAUGGUCCGAGUUUCCCGGAAUCACUCUGAACAAGAUUAGGGUGUGUUCUGUUGCUGUGAAAAAAACUUGAACAAUGGAGUCUCUGUUGAAGAAUCUCAAAGAACAUGUUACUUGUUCAAUCUGUCUGGAUACUUUCACCGAUCCCAAGACAAUAACCUGCCUGCACACAUUCUGCUUUGAGUGUAUAAAGAAACACGCACUGAUCAGCCAACGGAAUGGAAAGUUUCGCUGCCCAGAGUGUCAAGCUGAAGUUGAUCUUCCCGAAGCAAACCGUUUUGACAAAUUACCGACCAGUUUUCAUCAUAAUAGUCUGCUCAGUGUUCUCGCCAUACGACAAAGCGGAAAAGGAAAUGAUAUCAGUUGUGGCGUUUGCAAGAAAAUGAGCGCAGAGAUAAGUUACUGCUUCGAAUGCGCUAAAUUCAUGUGCAGUGACUGUGUCCACGCACAUCAACUGUUUAGUCACUUUACAGAAGGACACAAAGUAACGCCAGUCAAGCAGUUCCAACCUCAAGACUACCAAGCUCUGAUGAAGAGGCAGUCAUUUUGCGCGCAGCAGUAUCACGAGCGAGAGGUAACGAGGUUUUUCUGCCUUAAAUGCCAAAUCUGUGUUUGCCAAAUAUGCAUUGCUACGGAUCACAAGGCACAUGACGUGGAACCAUUGGAGAAAGCAGCGGACAGCGAGAAAGCCAACAUCCUGACAAGAACCGAGGUAUUGAAAACAAAAACAAAGGUUUUUAGCGAUGCCAUUCGUGAAUAUGAACAAACAAUUCGUGAGCUGGAGGCAAAUAUCACAAACGCUAAACGUGAAAUUUCCCAAGCUGCCGAACAAAUGGUCGCGAAGAUUCGAGAAAACGAGCGGCAGAUUAUUACAGCCCUCGAGAACACGCGCGUGUCAAGGCAAGACAGAUUAAACUCUGCAAAGGCACAAGUGCAAUCCUUGCUGAAGCAAAUCAACCAAGCAAUCGAGUUUGCUGAAAAUCUGAUUCAAAGAAGCUCCAGCUCAGAUGUAAUGCAAAGCAAGAAUUAUCUAGAACAACGGUUUGAACAUCUUGAAAACACGACGAUCCCAGAACUUCCGGUCAAUUCAUUCCUGAAGUUUUAUCAAACAAAAGAAGAAAAGAAUCUAACCCUUGGUUACAUAGCAACAAGUGAACCAGUAGUGGGACUGACAAAAGAUUUCCAAGCUGGUGUUGAAUCACAGUUUGAAGUUCACCCACAAAUACGUGGAGAAGAAGUGUAUGAAGUGAAAGUGCUUGUGGAACCCGCUGAUAAAAUAGGAAGUUUGACAACUUGUGAAAAACAAGAUGGUGAUUACAUCGUGAAGUUUACACCUAGAGUUCCAGGAACCUUCAAAAUCAUAAUAAAGGUAAAUGGCAAGGAGUUUGCAGGAAGCCCUUAUAUUGUCCAAGUAAAACAACGACUAAUUCAAGUUGUGGGAGAGUUAAAAGUAAAAGGAGAAACUUUUGAACAGCCAUCUGGAAUUGCCGUGAACAACAAAGGACAAAUCGCUAUCAGUGACUACAAUAAACACUGUAUCCUAAUAACUGACAAAGAAGGAAACUGUGUAAGAAAAGUUGGUUGUUUCGGAAACAAUGCUGGACAGCUCAACCGUCCAGCUGACAUCACAUAUCUAAAUGAUGAUAACAUUCUUGUGGUGGAUGAAUUAAAUCAUCGCAUUCAACAAUUUAAUGUUCAAACAGGGAACUCUGUGAAACGUUUUGGGGUGAGAGGGAUAAGAGGUGCAGAAUUUCAAAAUCCUGCCUGUGUUCGUUUGAACGAAGAAGGCCGUGUUAUAGUUGCUGAUCAUUUUAACAACAGAGUCCAAGUUUUAUCACAGGAUGGUGAACCUUUGUUUCAAUUUGGAAAUAGCGGACAAGAAACACUAAGAAAACCCAGGUCGUGUAUUUACCAUGAAAACAAGUUCAUUGUUUCUGACUGGGGUAAUAAUUGCUUGAAAGUGUUUGAUAAUACUGGAAAGUUUUUGUACAAGAUCGGAGAACCAGGCAAGGCUGAUGGACAGAUGGAAGGGCCUCACGGACUAUGUCUUCAGAAAUGUGGCAAUCACCAUAAUCUUCUUGUAUCUAAUAGAACCAAUGGCUGUGUUGAUCAGUUUACAGUGGACGGCUGUUUCACUGGAAAAACUGUUGUUAAGUUACAAGACCCUACAAGAAUAACUACAACACCGGAUGGACUUAUUUUAGUUACAGACUAUAAGACUAAAAAAAUUCACAUUCUAAAAUAA